AUGCUGAGUCAGCCACGACGCACACAAGAAGCUCGGCCGGCCGCUGCUCUCCGUCUUUCUUUCAACCAUCUCCUCAUCCUCGCAGAAGUUCUCGAACACUCUACGAAGAUGAGAGCUAAGUGGAGAAAGAAGCGCGUUCGUCGUUUGAAGCGUAAGCGCAGAAAGAUGCGUGCUCGCAGGUGA